AUGAUAUAUGUCACUUGCAUAAAUUUGUUUGUUCAUUGUCAAACCAUUGUCCAUUCUUCUCUGGUUGAAAAAACCAGGCUAGGAGGCUAUGAGAAGUUUCAAGAGUACAUUGAGAAAGCUACUGUCGACCUGCCGGAGCCCAAGACAGCCCGUAUCCUUGACUUGGGAUGUGGCAAUGCAAGGCUUUCCGAGGACAUGUACGACAAUGGCUUCAAAGAGAUCACGGGACUCGACAUCUCAGAUGUGGCCAUCGAUUCCAUGCGUGUGCGGAAUGCUGAAAAGCGUCCUGAUAUUGAAUGGGUCGUUGGAGAUGCCUUCAAUCUGCCCUUCGAGGAUGAGUCAUUCGAUCUGGUCAUCGACAAGAGCACGACGGACGCCGUGUCUUGCGACAAGGACCACAUCCAUGAAAACAUGACGAAGAUGUACGGCGAAGUACAACGUGUUUUGAAGAAGGGUGGAACGUUUUUGGUCUUCAGCGCGGUGGAGCAUGUGCCCCGCACGGGACUGCGACUUCCACACCUGUCCUUCGAAAUCGAAGAGAAGGAACUGUACCUUCCCUUUGCCAGUCUUUGGGCCUUUGUGUCCGUGAAGACCCAACGUCCUGCAUUGUCAAACGAGGAGGCCUUGAGGCAGGCGCAGAUGGCAGAUCUGCAGAUGAUUCAGGAACGCAAGCGUCAGCAAGAGGCGGAAGAGCGAUUGAAGUCGACGGCCAGCUUCGGAGUUCUGGAUUGA